AUGGCUAAUAACAACACCGACCCACACUAUCCUGAAAUGCCCGAUCCCAACGAACUUGCCCCGCCUUACCACCGCGUCCGCCUCCCUCCCAUUCACGCUGCUCCACAACAACCACCACCCGUUCAACCACGUCCACCUCCUCUCCACUUAACCAUUCCCAAUCCCAACAACGACCCCACCAUCCAAGAUACGAACAACAUCUUCAUCCACCUCCAACAGCAGCUGACCAUCAUGCAACAGCAGAUGGCCAUCAUGCAACAGCAGAUGACCAUCAUCCAACAGCAGCUCGGCAACAUCAACCAACACCUCGGCAUACCUCCUCCUCCUCCUCCUCCUCCUCCUCCUGCUCCUGCUCGUCGUCAAUAG